AUGGAGAUUGCUCCCGUUGCAUACUACGACAACUUGAAGAGGUACUGGAGAAGGAGAAGGUACCAGAGGCUCAAUGGUGACACCAAGAAGAAGAUGAGGGUCACAAGGCUUGGCGGAGCCAAAACUACCAGAAGGAUUUGGAAGCUCAGAAGCGCCAUGCCAAAGCUCAGGCUGAUGAAGUUUGUCUCCCCACUUAAGCUCUUGACAAAGUUCCACGAUGCUUACGUUGACAUGAUGUAUCGGAUGGCCGGCAACGCUGCCAGUAUCGGAGGGGUUUCGGGGAAGAAGGUUGCGAAAGCUCAAGACCAGAUUUCAAUUGCUUCAUGUGGGGAGGAAGUUGAUGGUAGAUUGGUUUUGGAAAUAUACAAGAGAUUGGCUGCUUCUCGCCAAUUAUUGAUUGAUUAUUGA